GAAAUGAGUUCAGGAUGCAUCGAGUCAUCCCUUCUACCUUUAGAGGUACUCGUCAACGACGCCUCCUAAUCACCAAGACGUCUCCCGUGGGUUCGAGCCACAAUUGAGGUACUCUGCUCUGGCGGUGAAAUCGAGCGGCGAUGCAUAUAUCAGACCUCCCUCCGGAACUGCAUACUCAAAUAAUUGACUUCGCGUGUGAGGGGAUUCCUUCUGUCGGGGAGCAAUCGAUCGUCCAGGCUUUGUCCCUCGUCUCAUCGUACUGGUAUGCUGUCGUAACACCCUUUCGAUAUCAAUCUUUGCGGGUCUCCGGAGGGCAGGCAAUUGUCCGGCUUGGGACUCUCUUCAGCACGCUUCCGGAGCGAGAGCGACGCGUGAGAUAUCUGGCGCUAUCAGACAAACCUGUAGACGCUUGUAUGGAUGACGAGAGCUUUCAUCAGCUGAAGGCAUCAAUUUCUCAGCUACUUGCCUUGCUCACUCCUUCCUUAUAUGCGCUCGCGUUAGAGUUGUCGAAUCCGUUUUACGGGACUUCCAUGUUCUCUGUAUUGUGGAUGUCGUCCGCGCCAUGUCUCGAGUCACUAUCGAUUAAAGGGUAUUACCCAUUUCCGACUGCGCCGAUGAGAUCAUCACGUUCGAAUUUCCCCCGAUUAGAGCAUCUCUCCCUCGAUGGUAGCGCGAAUCCGGCGGGACUUCUAUCCUACCGCUCGCUUGAGGCGGUAUUCCCGAGACUCGAGACACUUGAGGUUCGUGGUAUACGUAGUGCGUAUUCUUUUUCACGGGAAGUACAGCACGCAUUUGAGGAACUUGACAAACGGUCGGAUCACACCAACUUAUGCUCGCGAAAAGACCCAUAUCAUUCACGUUUUCCUCGUACGCUCAAAUUGCUAUCGAUAUAUCCAUCUCCGGAGAGUAGUAUUAAAUCGUACAAGAGGGGACAGACUCUGCAUUUCGACAUGUUGAAGGUGUUCAUGGAUUUAGCGAACCGGGAGGAGAAGCUUGGAGGACCGAGAGUUCGGGUGGUAAUCGAUGGUUUGUUCACCUACAAGGAUGUCGUACCUCCUCCACUGUUUACGUCCCUAACGGAUUGCGGGGUGAAUGGCGUAAACUCUCGGACUGUAGCUGUUGCAUAGUUGAUGAACUAAGCUUUCUGUUUUGCGUGGAUGAACUAUUCUUAUUAAAACUAGAUGGUCACGG